GGGGGGGGGGGGGUCCCCAGCGGGAAGGGGGUCGGCGGGCCCGGGCCGGACCCCGAAACGGGAGAUGCAGGACAGACUCCACAUCCUCGAGGACCUGAACAUGCUCUACAUCCGACAGUUUGCCCUCAGCCUCGAGGACACGGAACUGCAGCGGAAGCUGGAGCACGAGAUCCGCAUGCGGGAGGGGGCCUGCAAACUUCUGGCCGCCUGUUCCCAGCGGGAGCAGAGGCUGGAGGUCACCAAGAACCUUCUGGUCUGCAACGGUCGCAUCCUCAGCUACAUGGGCGAGCUGCAGCGGCGCAAGGAAGCCCAGGCGCUGGGGAGGACGGCCCGACGCCCCUCGGACGCGGGAGCCGUGGAGGAACGCGUCCCCUGCCGGGGCCGAGUCUGCGUGUCCGAUCUCCGGAUCCCCCUCAUGUGGAAGGACACGGAGUAUUUCCGGAACAAGGGAGACCCCCGCCGCUGGGCCGUCUUCCUGCUGUUGCGACUGGGCGAGCAGAUCCAGGACACGGAGAUGGUGCUGGUGGACCGCACCCUCACCGACAUCUCCUUCCAGACCAGCGUGCUCUUCGCGGAGGCGGGCCCCGACUUCGAGCUGCGGCUGGAGCUCUACGGGGCGUCGGCGGAAGAGGAGGGGGCCCUGUCGGCGGCCCCCCGGCGCCUGGCCACCAGGCUGACCAGCUCCCUGGGCCGCUCCUCGGGGAGGCGCGUCCGGGCGGCCGUGGACGCCGCCGGCGGGGCCGGGGGGGCCGGCCCCGCCCUGCUGCCCGCCCCUGCCGCCGGAGGUCCUCGUUACCACCUACUAGCCCAGACCGUCCUUACUCUGGCCGAGGUACAGGACGGGUUUCGCACCCACGACCUGACCCUGACCAGCACCGAGGAGAGCCCGGCGUGGCUGCCCUUGUACGGGAGCGUCUGCUGUCGCCUUGCGGCCCAGCCCCUCUGCAUGACUCGGCCCACCAUGAGCGGCCACGUCACGGUGCAGCGACAGGGCGGCCAGCGGCGGAGCCGGGGCCGGAUGUACGCCGUCCUGCAGGGGACGAGACUCUCCUGUUACCGGCGUCCCGAGGAGGCCGAGGGCGGGGAGGAGCCGGCGCUCACCAUUCCCAUCAAUAAGGAGACCCGGAUCCGGGCCGGGGAGCGGGCCGGGGGCCCGGGCGGCCCGGCCCGGCUGAGCAUCAGCAACCGCUGCGGGGGAGGCGACGUCACCUACGUCCUCUGGGCCGGGGAGGAGGAGGAGGAGGAGGAGGAGGAAGGCCGGGCCGCCCUGCGGCCUUGGAUGGAGGCCUUCUGGCAGCUCUUCCACGACAUGGGCCAGUGGAAGCAGUGCUGCGACCAGCUGAUGAGCAUCGAGGCGCCCGCCCCCCGCAAGCCGCCCGUCCCGCUGCCCAAGCAGGGCUCCCUGUACCACGAGAUGGCCAUCGAGCCCCUGGACGACAUCGCGGCGGUGACGGACAUCCUGGCCCAGCGCGAGGGGCCGCGGCGGGCGGACCUCCCCGCGGCCUGGCUGGCGCUGUUGGACCCGGGGGGCCGCCCUCCCCGCGGCUCGUCCCCGGCGCCCCCCGGCUCGGGCCCGCCGGCCUGGGGCCGGCCCCGCACGCUCUCGCUGGACGACGCCACCCGGGGACGCCCCCCGGCCCCCCGCCCGCGGCGUCCCCCGCCUCCUCGCGGGCCGCCCGGCCUCCGCGGGGAACUGGGGCCCGGCCCCUGGCUGCAGUCCCCGGUGUGAGGGGGUUGGGGCGGGGUGGGGGUCCCCGCGAUGCUGUCCGGCGGGGGGUGGGGGCGUCACGGGCGGGACCGGCCACCCUCCCGACCCCGGUGGGGCCCGCUGGGCUCCCCGCCUUAACCGGAUGUGGCGGGGCCGGGGGCCAGGAUGGCGGGCUGCCCGCUUCCCGGCUGGGGUGGGCGAUGAAGCGCUGCUUUGAGGCAAAAGGCCGUCGCCACGGCGACCGGGGGCGGGCGGGGGCGCAGGACCCCUUUCCCUGGGAGCGAAACUGGAACGGCCGCUGGCCUUCCCGGCCCUCUCUCCCCCGCACUAACCCGCUCCGCUUGGCCCGGGCGGGAGGGGCCCGGAGGGGCCGCCCCGACGGGGUCGCCCCGUGGGCUGGGGCCGGGCCGCGUCCCCCUCCCCCCCCGCCGGGGGGGCGGGGGCGUCCGCUCAUUAAACGACCAUUAACCCUA